CUCAUCGAUCUUUUUUGUUUUUUUUCACAAGAGAAUCACCAUGCGACUACCUUCGUCUUCGUCUUCUUCCUACUCACUAGCUUCAACGAGUUUGAGAAGUCGACUCGAAACCAUCUUUAGGAAAGCCAAACAGCUCUCGAUUCUGUGUCAAGUUGAUGUGUGCGUUAUCUACUACGGACCUGAUGGAGACCUAAAAACGUUUCCAAACGACAAAGAGAAAGUGAGAAACAUGGCUAUGAGGUACAGUCGGCUAAACGAUUCCUUGAGAAGGAAAAAAAGCUUUAAUAUUUCUGAGUUUCUCGAGGGGGAAAAGGACAAUCCGAACAAAAGGAGGAAGACGAGUCCGAGUCCGAGUCCGAAGAACGUGGAUGUAUUGAUUGACUCUUUGGAACUCAAGAUCUCUACAUUCCAAGAAAGGGUUAGAUAUCUUGUUUCGCAGGAGAAACACAAACUACUGGAUCAUCAUCAUCAGAGUUUAGCAUCAUCGACACCCUCCUCCUCCUCCUCCUCUCUCACGAACCGAUCUUUGAACCCUAGCCAGCAGUUCUCGCUACUCGUGUAUAACCAUGGAGACAAUACUCUCUCUCAGAUCCCACUCUCUGCAUCAAAUCUCAACCAUCAGGAUUUCUCAGCGUUAUUUCAAGAAUCUCUGUUGAAGAAUGAACAAAACAUGUAUUAA